AAAGCCUAAAAUUUAUCAAGUUGUUUAGUGAAAAGCAGAAAUUAGGUUCGAAAAAUUUCCGAAUGUUAACAAUUUUUGUCUGAUGUUUCCAGGCUGAAUUGCAUGGCGAAUAUAGAGCGACCGUACAAAAACGAUCCUCCGAAGAAAUCUUUGGAGAAUCAUUUUCUUCCCCAGCUUCCUCAGAAGCGAACAGUUCCACAAUGGCGGCAAAAUCCCCCAAGCUUGCUUUUGAAACCUGGAAUUACGAAAGACCCUAGUAAGGAAAUAGAUCUAGUGGCAGAACUUACUGCAGGAACCUCAAAAAGGCGCAAAACGCAUAAGCUGGAACCGAUUGCAACGACUUCGAAAACCACCCAAAACGCAAAAAAAGUUUCAAACCCGAAAAAAGAUCGGCAGCAAUUCAGAAACGCACUUGUUGAUAUCAUUACGAAUUUUGAGCCGCAUGAAGCGAGCAAAGUCGAAGAUGCCGUCGCUCGUGCCUCUCCUACGCAAGCCGAAAGAAAUCUUAUGCGCUACCACUACUACAUCCAAAAUGGGAUAGACACUGAACAUGUGGCGCCAAUGGAGGACUCCUGGUUGGAACACGUGUUGAGUUUGGUGAAAGACGAGCUAAAAGAGUUCACUGAGUCGAUUGAGAAGUUAUCCGAUGAAAUGAGAGAAGACUACCUGCUCAGCGUAAAAAAGGCUAUUGUUGACUUCGUGUUGCGGGAUCUGCGUGAGCGAGACGACGAUGAAACUGUUGUCGUUCUGCCUGAACACCGAAUGGAAUUGCUGGUGGUGCCAAAGCCGUGGGAGAGGUCUUUUCACCAGGCGAGAAACACGAUGAUGCAGGAACUGAACGUGGUAAACCCCUGCAUGAAACAAGUGCUCAACCUCUGGUACCAGCGCUAUAAUGGUAUGAGGCUGAUUGACGGGAGUGAGUUUGUGAAGAUGGAAGAAGCGCUGGAGCUGAAGGCUUUCCAGGGUAUCGCCUACAAACACAUAGACAGUGCCAAGGACCAACUGCUUAAAAAAUGGUUUCCAGAGAUCCAGAACAUCUUCUACAAAGGCAACAAGCAGAAGUUGGUUCCAAACAGCCAGAACCCCAAGCGACUGCAGAGCUACUUCGACUGUGCCUCAACUCUGAUGACUAGUAACUUGCAACAGCUGGGACUGCAGUCCAUCGCAGAGUACACCAACAUCAUCGGCGGAGACCCGAACUCGGUGAGGCGCUACGAGCACCCUGGUUUCACCGUGCGCCUGGUGCUGGACCAGAGCAGCAUCAAGUUCGAGCCAGAGUUCAAGGACUUCUCCACUGUCUUCUUAUCCAUCUAUGACGUCAUGAUGAAGGCCAUCUCAAUCGUACCCAGAGUGGAGACCAGACUCUACUCGGACUGGGCGGGAAAGAAGGAGCCUCUUAAGCCUAUCAUCCUGCAGGACAUCAUAGACGAGAACAAGGCCAAGGUUGAGCAGACGAUUGAGAAUGAGAGUAAGAGACCCGUCGAGUUCCUCUCCUCCUUCGACAAGUACAAAUUCCUCAUCAGUGGACAGGCGGAGGAUGAUGUGACCAGAUUUCUGAACGAGGAGCACGACUUCAAAGAUUACACGAAAGAAGUGGUCAAGUACCUCCAGCUCAAAGACGAAAUCGAGUUCGGACUUCGAAAGGUGCAACGACUGGGAAUGUUUGAGAUCCAGUGCAGUGAUCUCAUCAGAGCCAUGGCCAGUAGAGUGGACACUCUGUCUACUAGACUGCUCCAGAGAGUAUCCAGGGACCACAUGGAGACCAACAGGAAAUUGUGUGCGGAGUUUGAGCAGAUAGCGGAGAAGGCCUUGUCUACUCCCAUGGACACUGCGGAGCUUGUGGAGUUGAAGGAGUACAUGCACAAGGUGGAGACAGAGACGGUGCUGGAACUGGAGGGGAAAUUACAGCAGGCGGGCGAGAGACUGGCUUUCCUCAUCGAAUACUCCAUAUCAUCGCCACAGGAAAUGAGACUGAACAACGCCACUUUCCAGUGGUUCGAGCGAAUGCCCGAAGUGUUCGAAUCGCACAAAGAGAUAGCGAACAAGAAACAGUCCGAGUACGAAGACGCACUCAAGAUGAAGAGGGAAAGAUUCGCUGAGGAACUAGCAGUGCAUGCGAGGACUCUUGAGGAGUUCCAGGCACUCGGGGAUUUGGGAGAGGUCAGCAAGUACCUCAAAAGGGCCACUCUUCUUAGCAGGAAACUGGAGGAAGCGCAAGAGAGGAUCGAGGCUUUCAAUAUUGAGGAAGAGUCUUUUGGGUGGCAGACUACAAAUUACCCCCAAAGAGGGGAGUUGUGGUCCAAAUUGACCCCCUACUACAAUCUCUACAAAGAUGCCGUCAAGUUCAAUGACCUCCACCAGCAAUGGAUCAAUGGACCAUACAAUAAAGUGGACCCCGAUACAGUCGAACAGGAGGUGGGUAAUCUAUGGCGAGGCAUGUACAAACUGGAAAAGAAUCUGGAGUCUCAGACGGCCAAACAGAUGGCCUCUCAGGUCAAAUCUCAGAUUGACGACUUCAAAGAAAACAUGCCGCUCAUCUCCUGUCUCUGCAACCCAGGAAUGCGCGAACGCCACUGGAAUCAAGUGUCGGAGAUUGUGGGCUACACUGUCAACCCGGAACCUGAAAACACACUGCAGAGUUUCCUCAACAUGAAACUGGAACCGUUCCUGGAGCAGUUUGAAGGCGUGUCAGAAGCUGCUAGUCGAGAAUUCGCCCUGGAAAAAGCCCUGGCUAAAAUGCAGGGCGAGUGGGACGAGAUUGAAUUCAUGCUGAUUCCUUACAGAGAAACUGGAACCUUCAUUUUAUCGUCUAUCGAUGACAUCCAGAUGUUACUGGAUGACCAGAUCGUGAAAACGCAGACCAUGCGAGGCUCCCCCUUCAUCAAGCCCUUUGAGGCCGAAAUUACAGAGUGGGAGGGCAAGUUGAUUCUGCUGCAGGAGAUUUUGGACGAGUGGCUUAAAGUGCAGGCCACGUGGCUGUACCUGGAACCCAUCUUCAGUUCGCCGGACAUCAUGGCCCAAAUGCCAGAGGAGGGAAGGAGGUUCACGACUGUGGACAAGACCUGGAGGGACCUUAUGAAACAGGUGAUGAAUGACCGCCACGUGCUGGCAGUGACCACGAUCGACAAAAUGUUGGAGAAGAUGAAGAAAAACAACGAGUUCCUCGAACUCAUUCUCAAAGGGCUGAACGAGUACUUGGAGAAGAAGCGUCUCUACUUCCCUCGGUUCUUUUUCCUUUCCAAUGACGAGCUUCUGGAGAUCCUCUCUGAGACGAAGGAUCCAACGAGGGUGCAGCCACAUCUGAAAAAGUGCUUCGAGGGAAUCGCCAAGUUGAGCUUCACUGAGAACUUGGACAUCACACAUAUGAAGAGUUCGGAGAAUGAGAUUGUCGAAUUGAAAGAGGUCAUCAGCACCUCGAAAGCAAGAGGCCAAGUGGAGAAAUGGCUGCUUGAACUGGAGACAGACAUGUUGACUUCUAUUCGCAAAGCAGUCAUCGAAUCCAUGGCCGACUACGUCGAGACUCCCAGGAUAGACUGGGUGGUCAAAUGGUGCGGGCAGGCAGUUCUCUGUGUCUCCCAACUCUACUGGACCACAGAAGUGUCCAAUGCUCUACCCAAAGGCCCGGAUGCCAGACAAGCAUACCUCGAACAGAACAAUAAGCAGAUUGAAGAAAUCGUAAUCAGAGUUCGAGGUCAACUGUCCACUCAAAACCGAGUCACACUCGGCGCCUUAGUCGUGUUGGAUGUGCACGCUCGUGACGUGCUGGCGACUCUAGUUCAAGACGACGUCUCGGAUCCGAAUGACUUCAAGUGGCUCUCGCAGCUUCGCUACUACUGGGAAGAGGAAAACAUGAUGACGAGGAUGAUCAACUCCAUGUUGCCUUAUGGAUACGAAUAUCUUGGCAACUCGCCUCGAUUAGUCAUCACUCCUUUGACAGAUCGAUGCUACAGGACUCUCUUCGGAGCCUUGACCUUGAACUUGGGUGGUGCGCCAGAGGGUCCGGCAGGAACUGGAAAAACGGAAACCACGAAGGAUUUGGCAAAGGCAGUUGCAAAACAGUGCGUGGUGUUCAACUGUUCGGAUGGUCUGGACUACAUUGCGCUGGGCAAGUUUUUCAAAGGGCUUGCUUCUUGCGGCGCCUGGUCCUGUUUUGACGAGUUUAACAGGAUAGAUCUGGAAGUAUUAUCUGUAGUCGCACAGCAGAUUCUCACCAUUCAGAGAGGAAUUGCUUCUGGCGGAGAUACUCUCGUUUUUGAGGGUACCGAGCUCAAACUGAACCCAACCUGUGCUGUAUUCAUUACUAUGAAUCCCGGAUACGCCGGACGAUCGGAACUCCCGGACAACCUGAAAGCCCUGUUCCGACCAGUCGCAAUGAUGGUUCCCGACUACGCUUUGAUCUCCGAGAUUGUAUUGUACUCGUGUGGUUUCGUCUCCGCUCGCGCUCUGGCUGUGAAGAUUGUCGCGACUUACCGACUCUGCUCCGAGCAACUGUCGAAUCAACAUCAUUACGACUACGGAAUGCGAGCUGUGAAGUCAGUGCUGACAGCCGCUGGAAAUUUGAAACUGAAAUACCCCGAGGAAGACGAACAGAUUCUGAUGUUGAGGUCGAUUAAGGACGUGAACUUGCCCAAGUUUUUGUCACACGACUUACCUCUGUUCGGCGGAAUAACUUCCGAUCUGUUUCCAGGAAUCGAACUGCCGAAACCAGAUUACGGCAACAUUAUGGAAGCAGUUGAAUUCCACUGCAAAAAUAUGAACCUGCAAAUGACGGAAAGUUUUGCGAACAAGAUUCUGCAGAUUUACGAGAUGAUGAUAGUUAGACAUGGCUUCAUGAUUGUGGGGGAGCCGUUUGGUGGAAAAACUUCGGCUUACAAGGUGCUGGCGGAGGCUCUUGGCACCAUGAAUGAAAAAGGCCAGGGCGAAGAGAAGGUGUUGAUAACAGUGAUCAAUCCUAAGAGUAUAACUAUGGGCCAGUUGUAUGGCCAGUUCGACCCAGUGUCCCACGAGUGGAGUGAUGGUGUGCUGGCAGUCUCAUACAGAAACUUCGCAUCUUCCCAGACUCCAGAGCGUAAGUGGUUGAUCUUCGACGGUCCAGUGGAUGCAAUCUGGAUUGAGAACAUGAACACAGUGCUGGAUGACAACAAGAAACUCUGUUUGAUGAGUGGCGAGAUUAUCCAGAUGAGUGCCCAGAUGAGCAUGAUGUUCGAACCCAUGGAUCUGGAAGCCGCCAGUCCAGCAACAGUGUCCCGGUGUGGUAUGAUCUACAUGGAGCCCUCUCUGCUCGGAUGGAGACCCCUGGUGUUGUCCUGGCUCAACACCCUUCCCCCCACUCUCACUGAAGUACACAAACAGACUAUCCUGGACAUGUUCGACAGGUUCUGUCCCGCACUCCUCCAGUUCGUCCGCAAAAGUGGAGCCAAGGAGCUGUCUCCGACAAAUGAUGCGAAUUUGAUCAAAGCUCUCAUCAAUCUGUUCGAGUCGCAAAUAGACGAGUUCCAAAACGAAGCCUCAUUCAAAGCGAUUGAGGACAGAGACGUCUAUCUGUGGAUGGAGGGCAUCUUCUUCUUCUCCCUCGUCUGGUCGGUAGGGGGAAGCAUAACUGAACAGCCUGGAAGGACUAACUUUAACAAACUGCUGAGAGAGAUCACGGAAGGUCCCUUGACCGAAGGCAGCAAGUCACUAUACCAUCUUCUGGAGACGGUGGAGGCGCCGGAGAAGCCAUUCCAGAUGUCAUUCCCUGAAGAGGGGUCAGUCUACGAGUACAGAUUCAUCAAGGAGGAGAAAGGCAGGUGGGAGAAGUGGACAGAGGCGAUCAAAGACGCGCCUGCAAUUGCCAAGGACGCCAGUGUGAAUGAGAUCAUAGUGCCCACGAUAGACACGAUCAGAGUGCAGAGUCUGGCCACCACUCUCGUCACCCACCAGAAGGCAGUCCUCUUCGUCGGACCCACAGGCACCGGAAAGAGUGUCUACAUCUCAGACUUCCUGCUUAAUCAACUGGACAAAGAGGUGUACAAGCCCGUCGUGAUCAAUUUCUCGGCCCAGACCAGUGCCAACCAGACCCAGGACAUUAUCAUGGGCAAACUGGACAAGAGGCGCAAGGGUGUCUUCGGACCUCCUCUGGGAAAACGAACGAUAGUGUACGUGGACGAUAUGAACAUGCCUCUGCGUGAGAAGUAUGGGGCACAGCCUCCGAUUGAAUUGCUGAGACAGUGGGUGGACCAUUGGCAGUGGUACGAUAGAAAAGACUGCACCCCCAUUAAACUCACAGACACACAACUCAUCGCAUCCAUGGGACCCCCAGGAGGUGGUCGCAACCCCGUCACCCCCCGAUUCCUGCGACAUUUCACGACUGUGGUCAUUGACUAUGUCUCGGAUGACUCGAUGCUGACCAUAUUUCUCGCAAUUGUCAACUGGCAUCUAACAGCUCGCGAGUUCCCCGAAUCUUUCAAAGAAGCAGGCCAGCAAAUAGUGUCCUGCACUCUGUCUGUCUACAAGAGUGCGAUGGUGAAUCUGCUGCCGACCCCCACCAAAAGUCACUACCUCUUCAACUUGAGGGACUUCGCCAGGGUGGUCCAGGGGGUGUUGCUGUCUGUGCCCGACACCAUGGCAUCCCCUCAGAGUCUCAAGAAACUGUGGGUGCACGAGAUUUACCGAGUGUUCUACGACCGUCUGGUGGAUGACGGAGACAGGGCGUGGCUGUACACGUACACUAGAGAUGUUGUGAACAAAGAGAUGAAAGAGAACUAUGACUCACUGUUUGAAUCUAUCGCCAGUGAACAAGGAGGCACUGUCACUGAAGAUGACAUGAGGUCAUUCAUGUACUGCGACUUCACCAACCCGAAAGCGGAGACGAGGUACUACCAGGAGGUGGAAAAUGUGGAUAAUCUGCGUACUAUAGUGGAGAGCUAUUUGGACGAGUACAACAAUCUAUCCAAGAAACCCAUGAACCUCGUCAUGUUCAGGUUUGCGAUUGAGCACAUGUGUCGUAUCUCUCGCAUCAUCAAGCAGCCCAGGUCUCAUGCCCUGCUAGUGGGGGUGGGGGGAUCAGGCAGACAGUCUCUGACCAGACUGGCGGCCCACAUGAGUGACUUCGACCUACACCAGGUGGAGCUGAGUAAAGCGUAUGGGCUGAACGAGUGGCGGGAGGAUUUGAAGGCCAUCACGAGGAAGACGGCUGAAGGAGACAACGACGGAGUGUUCCUAUUUUCCGACACUCAGAUCAAAAUGGAGGCGUUUUUGGAGGACAUCAACAAUUUGUUGAAUGCGGGUGAAGUGCCCAACAUAUUCCCAGUUGACGAGAAGCAGGAGAUUUGUGAAAAGAUGCGACAGAUUGACCGACAGAAAGACAAGGCGAAGCAGACGGACGGAACCCCAUUGGCCCUGUACAACAUGUUCGUGGAUAGGUGUAAGAACCAGCUGCACAUAGUGUUGACUAUGAGUCCCAUCGGAGACUCCUUCCGCAACAGACUCCGCAAGUUCCCCUCCCUCGUCAACUGCUGCACCAUCGACUGGUUCCAGUCGUGGCCUGAAGAUGCUUUGACAGCCGUGGCCACCCGAUUCCUCGGAGACGUCGAGAUGACGGACGAGGAGCGCCUGGGAUGUAUUGAUCUGUGCAAGGAGUUCCACACGUCCACACGAGACUUGAGUGAGAAGUUCUUGAGCAAUGCACAGAGACAUAACUACGUCACACCCACUUCAUAUCUGGAACUCAUCAGGACAUACAAGGAUCUGCUGGACAAAAAACGAUCGGAGGUGUGGAAACUGAAGAAGAGGUACGAGGUGGGGCUGGAGAAACUGGGGGCGGCCUCUUCAGACGUGGGGGUGAUGCAGAAGGAGUUGAAUGACCUGCAGCCUCAGCUGAUCACAGCCAGUAAGGAUGUGGACGAGAUGAUGGUCAUCAUCGAAAAGGACUCUAUAGAGGUGGCCGAAAAAGAGAAAAAGGUGAAAGUGGACGAAGCGGCUGCAAAUGAGCAAGCGACAGCUGCCAAGGCCAUCAAGGACGAGUGUGACAGUGAUCUGGCAGAGGCCAUUCCAGUGCUGGAGGCUGCCCUCUCUGCCCUGGACACCCUCACCUCCAAUGAUAUCACUAUUGUGAAGACCAUGAAGAAUCCGCCGGGACCCGUGAAGUUGACGAUGGAGGCAAUUUGUGUGCUGAAGGGUGUCAAACCAGACAAGAUCCCGGACCCCAGUGGCAGUGGAAAAAUGGUGCUGGACUACUGGGGACCCUCGAAGAAAGUCCUGGGAGACAUGAAGUUCCUGGAGAACCUCAAAUCCUACGACAAAGACAACAUUCCCCCUGCAGUGAUGAAGGUCAUCAGGGAAAAGUACAUCCCCAACCCAGAGUUUGUACCCGAGAAGAUCAAGAAUGCCUCGACUGCGUGUGAAGGACUGUGCAAAUGGGCAAGGGCCAUGGACUCCUACGACAAAGUGGCGAAGGUGGUGGCGCCUAAGAAGGAGAAGUUGAAGGAGGCGGAGGGGGAGCUGUCAGUGGCCAUGGGGGCCCUGAACAAGAAGAGGGCCGAACUGCAGGAGGUGCAGGACAAACUCCACCGACUGCAGAUGAAGCUGGAAGAGAACAAACAGAAAAAGAUUGACCUUGAGAACCAAGUGGACCAGUGCGAGAAGAAGUUGGUGAGGGCGGAGCAGCUCCUCGGAGGCCUAGGAGGGGAGAAGGCGAGGUGGCAGGACAGUGCCAAGCAGCUGGGGGAGAGAUACGUGGCACUCACCGGGGAUGUGUUGGUGUCCUCGGGCAUUGUCGCCUACUUGGGCGCAUUCACCUCCUCAUUCAGAGGGGACCAGAUCCAGAACUGGGCGGAUGGGUGCAGGAAGAGAGAGAUCCCAUGCUCGCCCUUGAUAUCUCUGGGAGCCACUCUGGGAGAUCCAGUGGCCAUCCGCAACUGGAACAUCUGUGGUCUCCCCACGGAUUCUUUCUCCGUGGACAAUGGAAUCAUCAUCAGCAACGCACAAAGGUGGCCAUUGAUGAUCGAUCCUCAAGGUCAAGCGAACAAGUGGGUGAAGAAUAUGGAGAAAGUGAACAAUCUGCACGUGAUCAAACUGUCGGACGCCGACUACGUCAGGACACUAGAGAACUGUCUCCAGUUUGGAACCCCAGUUCUGCUGGAGAACAUAGGAGAAGAGAUAGAUGCCCUGUUGGAGCCGCUGCUGUUGAAGCAGACAUUCAAACAGGGGGGAUCCCUCUGCAUCAGACUGGGAGAUUCCACGAUUGAGUACUCGAACGACUUCCGAUUCUACAUCACCACGAAACUGAGGAACCCCCACUACCUCCCGGAGACUGCUGUCAAGGUGACCUUGUUGAACUUCAUGAUCACGCCGGAGGGUCUUCAAGACCAGCUGCUGGGCAUAGUGGUGGCAAGAGAGAGACCAGAACUAGAGGAGGAGAAAAACCAACUGAUUCUUCAGUCGGCAAGCAACAAACGACAGCUGAAAGAGAUCGAGGACAAGAUCCUGGAGGUGUUGUCUUCCUCGGAGGGGAACAUCCUGGAGGACGAGACUGGGAUCCAAGUGCUCUCCUCCUCCAAGGAGCUGUCCAAUGAGAUAUCCGAGAAACAGAUGAUUGCGGAAGAAACAGAGAAGAAAAUAGACGAGACCCGAAUGGGCUACAAGCCGAUUGCCCACUACUCCUCCAUUCUGUUCUUCGUAAUUGCGGACUUGGCAAAUAUCGAACCCAUGUACCAAUACUCUCUCACCUGGUUCAUAAAGCUGUUCGUGAUGAGUAUCGACAACAGUGAGAAGAGUGACGUUUUGGAAAAGAGACUGGAAAACUUGAAGGGACACUUCCAGUAUUCUCUUUACUGCAAUGUCUGCAGAUCACUCUUCGAGAAAGACAAGCUGCUGUUCGCUUUCCUGCUAUGCGUGAAUGUCCUGAAGGCCUUCAAUGAAGUGGAUGAAGAUGAAUGGCGAUUCCUACUCACAGGUGGAAUUGGACUGGACAAUCCCCACCCGAAUCCCUCGGCCUGGCUACCCUCCAAGUCCUGGGACGAGAUUUGUCGACUGGAUGCCCUGCCCAAAUUCGAGAACUUAAGGAAGAAGUUUUUGGCCCAGAAAGACGGAUGGAAAGUUGUCUAUGACAGCUCGGACCCGACUACAGCCCAGUACCCUGGAGAGUGGCAGGACAGACUGCAGUCGUUCCAGCGACUCCUCAUGCUGCGUUGUCUGCGUCCGGACAAGAUGGUGCCGGCCAUCCAGUCAUUCGUGACCGAGAAGAUUGGCAAACAGUACAUAGAACCUCCUCCCUUCGAUCUCUCCGGUUCGUACAACGACAGUGUGUGUACGGCGCCUCUCAUUUUCGUGUUGUCGCCCGGGGCUGACCCGAUGAGUGCCCUGCUGAAGUUCGGAGACGACAUGGGGUUCGGGGGCAACAAGUUGAACUCCCUCUCACUCGGACAAGGCCAAGGUCCUCGUGCGGUGAAGAUGAUAGAGACAGGGAUCAAAGAAGGCCACUGGGUGGUGCUGCAGAACUGCCACUUGGCUGUGUCCUGGAUGGGAACCCUGGAGAAGAUAUGCGAGGAGUUCAAACCUGAAGAAGUGCAUCCUGACUUCAGACUGUGGCUGACCAGCUACCCCUCCGACCACUUUCCAGUGUCUGUGUUGCAGAAUGGAGUGAAGAUGACUAAUGAGCCACCUAGAGGACUGAAGCUGAACAUCUACCGUUCGUACCUGACCGACCCGAUCAGCGACAACGAGUUCUUCACUGGCAACAAGCAGGGACCCCAGUUCCGCAAACUACUGUUCGGUCUCUGCUUCUUUCACGCUCUCGUGCAGGAGAGGAGGAAGUUCGGACCCCUGGGAUGGAACAUCCCCUACGAGUUCAACGAGACGGACUUGAGGAUCAGCACCCAACAGCUCAACAUGUUCCUCAACCAAUACGACCACGUGCCCUAUGACGCGGUGGCGUAUCUGGCGGGAGAGUGUAACUACGGGGGGAGGGUGACGGACGAUCACGACAGGAGGACUCUGAGCACCAUCCUGGCCAGAUUCUACUGUCCUGCCAUUGUGGAGGACAAAGACUACAAGUUCGACCCCAGUGGAGUCUACUACGCCCCAGCCGAUGGAGAGUAUGAGACGUAUCUGGAGUACAUCAAGGGUCUCCCGAUAGUCCAGACUCCGGAGACAUUUGGGAUGCAUCCGAAUGCAGACAUCACCAAGGAGCAGAAGGAGACUCAGUCUCUCUUUGACAACAUACUCAAGACACAGGCACGCUCUUCUGGUGGGGGCCAGACUUCUCCGGACGAGAUCAUAAACAACGUUGCCAGUGACAUCCUGCAGAAACUGCCCAAGAACUUCGACACUGAGAGUGCACUUAGACGAUAUCCCACAGAGUAUAAACAGAGCAUGAACACUGUCCUGGUGCAGGAGAUGACCAGGUUCAACAAUCUGCUAAUUGUCAUUCGGGCUAGCCUCAUCAACAUACAAAAAGCGAUCAAGGGUCUGGUAGUGAUGUCCAGUGACCUUGAAGAAGUGUUCAGUUCGAUGAUGAAGGGCAAGAUACCUGCCAUGUGGAUGGGCAAGAGUUACCCCUCCCUCAAACCCCUGGGUGGAUACGUGAAUGACUUCCUCCAACGACUCCAGUUUCUAGAGGACUGGUACGAGCAGGGCCCCCCUCCAGUGUUCUGGGUGAGUGGGUUCUACUUCACUCAGGCCUUCUUGACAGGGGUGCAGCAGAACUACGCCAGGAAGUACACCAUCCCCAUCGACCAUCUCGUGUUCGAUUUCGAGGUGUUGGACGACAAAGAGUACAAGCAGCCUCCCGAAGAUGGAGCCUACAUUAAGGGACUCUUCUUGGACGGAGCCAGAUGGGAUCGAAAGAUACGACGCCUAGCAGAAUCCCACUCCAAAAUACUGUUCGACCCAGUGCCUGUGAUCCAACUGGUGCCCCUGAAGAAAGAUGAACUGGAAGAGAAAUCGAUCUAUGAGUCACCAGUGUACAAAACGAGUGAGAGGAGGGGAGUGUUGUCCACCACUGGUCACUCGACUAACUUCGUCAUGGAACUGAGACUGCCCACUGACAAGAGUCCAGAACACUGGAUCGAAAGGGGCGUGGCCCUCAUGUGCCAACUGGACAAUUAGUCAUACAAUAUUGCUGCUCCAGCCCAGGAAUAAACAACAACGACAAUAAAUAACAUGUCAGGAAAACUAUUGUCAUAAACCAUGUCAACGUCGCGCAGAUAAUUGAAAAAACUAUAAUGUGUCGGAAAACAACUAGUUAACUAUAUCAACAUUCAAUAGACAUCAAAGCGGUUCACUGUUGUAAGUUUAUGUCAAAGAGGAUAAAUAUGCCCAGAAAACAACUCAAAGAGCUGUGAUGACAAAAUACUUAGAAAAAAAUCCUCGAAACUUUUUAUUGACAUUGUGUUUCUUAGCACUAGCAAAAAUUUUCAUUGAAUAUUUUAGCUAAAUUAAAUUUCCGCUUAAGAGUGCUUCAUAUAUUAACCUUCAAAAUGCUUAGAAGAUGCAUUGUAAACAAUUCAUGUAUGAAUAAGUGAUAAAGAUAUUUGAGUUUAAAAACGUUGGAUAUCAGUUUAUUGUACAAAUGCACAAUAAAAUGUAAAAUUGUAAAUAUUAAUUGAGUUUAAACAUGAUUUUUGUUCCUC